AUGCAACCAACUAUUAUUGGCACUCAAGAAGGCAGUCCACUACAACUUAAAGAAAUUCUUGAUGACCUAAACGAGUCUUCACAGUUGUGGUCGUGGGUUGGUGAGGAACUAAACGAGUAUCGAAUAAUUAAUGCUAUAUUCUAUCGCCAUGAUAUACUUUCACUUGUUUCAACAAGAACGUUUUGGUUCAAUGAACAUCCAACAACGAUCGGUGCUGCGUGGGGUGCAAAGCAUUCACGUGGUUGUACUCGCGGCCAAUUCGAACAUCGAACAACAAAACAGCCAUUUAUUAUUUAUAAUAUUCAUAUUGAUUAUCCAUCUCAAGAAGCUCGACAUCAUUCCAUACCUGUUCUAUUGUCACAAAUAAAAGAAAACGGUGAUCAUAAUGAUAAAGUUAUUGUUACAGGUGAUUUUAAUAAUUGGCCAGAGGAAAUCGAAGGUGUAACACCCAUUGAUGAACUUAUUCGAUUAGGACAAAAAGCAUCUGAAAUCGAACAGAUGAAAGAAGCAGGCUUUAUUGAUACAUAUCAACAUGGAGAAACACCAACUUUUAACGGUUUUCGCACAGUCGGUUAUGGUCCAAAAAUUGAUUUUAUUUGGAUAUCAUCAAAUAGUGUUUAUCGUGUCUAUGGAGAAACGAAAGUUGAUGAUUAUCAUGAUGAAAACGGAUUUUUCCCUUCAGAUCAUUUUCCUGUCUAUGCGGAUCUGAUGUAUGCUCAAUAG